AUGCGCAGUGAACCUUUAAACGAUCACAUCUGUACUGCAGCACUUGUCACAAACACACAUGUUCUAAGUGCAGCACAAUGUAUCGAAAAUAGAUUAAAAGAUGAGACUGUAGUUCUAGCUGGAACGAACCAUUUAUUCUUUGGUAGAUUAUACAGUAUAUCAUGGUGGAUAAACUAUAAUUCGUGGGCCCAAUUCAUGAACAAACGUAUUGAAUUUGAAGAUAAUGACAUUAGUAUUAUAAAGUUAACCCGAGACGUAGACGAGGAUAUUACACCGGGACCAAUUUUAUAUUUAGCUGGUAAAGAUUUAUAUGGAUUCGAUGUCCAUUUCGCUGGAUGGGGUGAAACAAAUAAUCAUCAAGUAUCUUCUUACAUGUUAACGGCUAGUGCAUCAGUGAUCACGUCCAGUGAAUGUGAACAUAGAAUUGCAAUGCUCGAAGGUGGAAUAACACCUAUACCUAAUAAUUUAAUAUGUACAUCAGGAGAUCCGUUUGUGUUAUUACAACGUGGUGAUUUUGGUGGACCACUUUUAUUAAUGGGCUCGAUUGUAGGUGUCGGCGUCCAAUGCGUACUCGCAAAUGGAAAUCCCAUGAUUGGGCAAAACGUUGAGAAAGUAAAGACAAAUGAAUUUCCUUUUGUUGUAUCAUUAAUGCGCAAUAGCACUGCCGAUAUUACUGCUGAAAGAAAUCAUAUCUGCACUGGAGCUCUUAUCUCACCACGAGAUGUUUUGACUGCCGAACACUGCUUGAAAGGGGAAAAAAGAACUGACAUUCUUGUCCUCGUGGAUUCCAUUGACUUAAGGAGUGGCAGGAAGCACCAAAUUAAUUGGUGGAUAACGUAUAAGACUUGGGCAAAGCAAAGACAUAUGUCUUUGGAAUAUAGCGAGAACGAUAUCGCCAUUAUAAGGUUGAAUGAAGCGGUUACUCACAGAAUCACUCCAGCCACAGUUUCAACCUUAUCGAAUUCCGAUUUUGUUGGAUAUGAUGUCGUAGUAACUGGAUGGGGUCAAUCAAACGAUGGAUUUAAUCCAAGAUAUAUGGAAAAAAUUGAUGUUAAAGUGUUAUCGAAAACAAAUUGUGAAAAUAAAAUUCAGAUGGCAAGUGGAAAAUUGGUUCCAUUAGAUUCGAGAUUCAUAUGCACCAGUGUGACCCCAUUUGGAUUGUUGCAGCCCGGAGAUAGCGGUGGUCCACUGUUAUAUAGAAAAACAAUCAUUGGUAUAAAUAGAUCUACAUGUCCAAAAAAUGUAGAUAAUAAUUACCAAGUAAAUCUUCAUUUAAGUGUUAAAUCAUAUACAACAUUCUGUACAGAUGUUAAAACAAAUUCAUAA